AUUCAGCGUCAAUUGGCAGACAUCAGUUGCUUGCUCUUCACCGUUCAAACUAAACCAACUAUUCCCAACAAAAUGUUCGCUAAAGUGAUCGUUAUCGUCACCCUGGCCAUUGCCAGCGUCGCCGCCAAGCCAGGAGUACUAGCCGCGCCAGCAGCGGCAGUUGCCUACUCGGCUCCACUGGUGGCCGCAGCAGCCCCAGCUUUUGCCUACACCGCCGGAUAUGCCAAUGUGGGUGACUCCGCCGUGGUUACCUCGCACAACUCGCAGCUCAUCGACCCAUCCUACGCUGCGUACACUGCUGCUGCUCCGUUGGCCUACUCCGCCGCUGCCAUUCCGGCUCUUGCCACUGCUCCGUACUCCGCGCGUCUUGCCUACGCCGCUCCAUUGGCCACCAAGUUUGUGCUGUAAAUUGACUGAUUGACUUGGAUACUGAGGUUGCAGUGUGUUAAAUUUGGCAGUUUUAUAUGUUGUCUAACCGAUCUAAUAUCAACUGAAUACAGGCAGUACAA